AUGAAUGAUGAUGAGGUGAUACAUCGUUCGGUUCAGGAUUUCCGUUUGUCAUUGGAUUCUCCCGUGGUUCGUAGAAUCAUCAAUCGUCUUUUGGAUAAGUUUCCUGGUGUCCAAAGAGCCACUGUGGAGGAGAUGUUUGUCAAAACAGACUUCAACGAAUCCGACACAGAGAAUCGGCUUCGAUCACUGUUUCCAUGUUCCCAACCCAGUGAAACCGAGAGUCAGAUAAGUGCUAGCAUAAACCCCACCAGGAUAACGGUCACGAAUCCAUCUGCAUCGGAACCAGGUCUCAGUCUACAGGAGAUACAAGAAGAGGAAGAGGCGUUGCGACGUUCAGUGGAAGAUCAGCGCAGUAAACUGCAAUCACUGGCCAAUCAACUUUCUCUCUGUCGACUCAAGUCUCAAUUUCCUGAUAUCCAGCUGGUCGAACUAGAGAACUUGUUAAUUCGUUUUGAUUUGAAUGAACAAGAACUGGUGAAACAUCUUGUCGAUCGGGGCUUUUCCUGUCGACCGGUUGCACCAUUGAUCCCCGCCACAGAGGAUACCGAACGAGAUUUGACUCCAUCGUUUGAUUCAAUGCGACUGUCACAGGCCUCGACCGAUCUGGCCGUAUUGAACGCGCAACUCAGUGUGAUUCGUGGAAGAAUUGGCGAGAUUCGUCAACGUUUGUUCAAGCGCGUGGAGAAGGGAGUCGCAAGUUACUAUUCGGAUGAGCUGGGCCGACUUUAUCGAGAACAACGCGAUCUGUCUUUGGCACGAGCACAACGGUUGACUGAGGAACGGUCGAUUAAUUUUGAGCGCGAUUUGCUCGCGAACGGUGAAUCCGCUUCCGUGGCCGCCUCGAAAGCAUUCGCGUAUAUCGAUUUGCAUGGUUUGGACAAAAGUUGUGCCAUGACUGUGCUCAAACAACGCAUCCAACUGUUGGAAGCACAUUUGCAACUCCCGGGCCGGAUGUCAUCCCGUGUUUGUGUCAUUGUAAUCACCGGUAGGGGUGGUAAUGCGGAGUCUGAUUUGAUAACCACUUCACCCAUAUUACGACCAGCAGUGAUUAGCUAUUUCAACGCAAAUCAAUACCCAUUUCAAGAAAAGUACACCACGGGAUCGGGAUACUUUACUGUGACUGUGCACAGACGUCAAUGA